UGCGAAGUCUUUUUCCGUCUUUGCACGCUUCGCGCUCUUCUUUUGAAGCGCUUAGCGCUUCAUUUCGAGAUGAGCUUGCGGCAUGUGAAGAAACGAUGCUCCGUGGUACACUGCGACAGCGUGGAUAGUACCAUUGGUGUCACGCUACACCGAUUCCCGCUGGACUUUCACAGGUGCCGAGCGUGGGCGCAGUUCUGCCGCAACGUCAGCCUGGAGAAGAAGGCGCCGUCGCAGCUACGAGAACUCAGGAUUUGCUCGAGGCACUUCGAACCAUCUGUGUAUCUGCCGUCAGGAAGGCUGCGACACGAUGCUUUGCCUACUCGAGCAAGCAUUGCCGGUAAUUUUUGUUAUCAAACUUUUAAGGCAUUCGCCGCUCUUGAAAUGUCAGGUUUUGUGAAACCUAUUGGACUGCUUCCUAUGAUAGCUGCUGUCUCCGGUGAACCUGUUUCCAAGGGGUACGUCCAGAGUCGGCCGUCCCAGUCGCUGCUACUCUUCCAAGAAGAUGCAGAUGGUGCCAGCCCUACUGGUUCUACGCUGAACCAAGCUUGUUCCCACGCCAGUGGCUUCAUAAUGGUUCAGUCUGACCACACAUAUGCAGGACCAAGCACUGAAGCAAGCGCUUCAUCUCUGGAACCUGGCACGGCAGGGGUGGCCGCAACACUGUCAGCGAGUGCUGAUCUGUCACCAGGAGCUCCGUUCAGCAGUUCGCCUCUUUCUUAUGAAGGAUCUUUCACCAGCCCCAUCAAUGAAAGGCGGCCACUGCAGAAACUUCGAGCCAAGCUCAGGCAGCUGCGUAACCGCAACAAGAGGCUGCAAGGACUGCUGCUUCAGCGCCGUCGCAUGAAGACCACUGCCGAAUUGGUAGAUAGUCUGCGUGAGCAUUUAACACCAGCUGUUGCUGCUUUUGUUGAAGCUCAGUUAAAGAUGCACAAUGUCAGCAGGUUUGGCCGUCGAUGGUGCAGCCAAAACAAAACCUUUGCUUUAGGUUUAUACUUCCACAGCCCAAAAGGUUACAGAUAUUGCAGGAAACUCCUGAAACUUCCAUCUGUUAGGUCACUGCAGCUGUGGCUUGCACGCGUACCAUUGAGGGUUGGAUUUUAUCCUGAAGUUUUUGAUUUGAUCGAGAAACGGGCAGCGUCUUUUCCACGGCAAGACAGGGCUUGCACCAUAAUUUUUGAUGAAAUGCAUGUUUCAAAGGAGCUGUCGUACAAUCCAGUGUCGGACAGAUUUGAAGGCCUUGAAGAGUACAGUGCAGCACAAGGUCCAAAUCUUGCAAACAAGGCGCUUGUGUUCAUGGCCAAAGGAAUAUGUACGCCGUGGAAGCAGCCUCUUGGCUACUUCUUUGCAGAUAAGGCAGCGCCUGCAACUGUUCUGCAUGACCUUCUCUUCAAAUGACACAAAAUGU